GCUGCGAAAUUUGUUGUCGCGACAAAUUUUCCAAUAUUUUCUGCAAUUUGGUAAGAAUGCUGUUAAGGACUGCUGUUUUAAGCAUUGUUCGGCUAUUGCCUACAAAACAAUAAGACGCAAUUAAUAUCAUAAAAGUUCCAGUAUGUCAAACGUCUAUUCUAGAGCUGCGGCGCUAUUAGAUGAUUCUGGUCACUUCAGCUCCAACAGUGAUUCGGAGGAAGACUCGUUUGCGUUAGUAAAGCAUGAGCUGCUAAAGACGCGAAGCGAAGUGGAGCGCCUCAGUAAAUCAGAGCAAUGGUAUAAACAGGAGCUGCAGUCCCAAAAGCAUAGUCGGCUUGCAACACUAGAGCGCCUUUAUGCACAGGAGCGUAAAUACAUGUUGGAAAGCCAACAAUUGCAGCAGGAGACACAACGACUUUUGGUCAAAUGUAAGGCUCUAGAAAAUGACUUGCAGGCGACGGGAGCUGUGGCAAUUGCAUCACCAGCUAUGGAUACCAAAAGAGGCGAGGUUGACAAUGAUUUUGAAAUGCAACAACACCUGGCACGGCUGAGAGAUCAGCAGCAGUUAAUUGCAGUGCUGCGUAAGCAGAAGAAAGAACUAUUAGAGGAUAUGCAACGCAUGACCCUAGACAACGAUGAAAAGCAAUUGCAACUACAGCAACAGCUGGUUGAAAUUGAGCUGGAGAAAAAAAAUAUUACGCAGCAUUCCGAGCAACUGUUAAUUGAACACCGUACGCUAGCUCAUAAAUUAGAAUUAAAAGCUUCUGCACUGAUUAGUGUAACCGCGGAGCGCGAGCAAUUGCGGCAAGUUAUUGACGAGUUGAAUCAAACACUGCAAACACAGGAGCAGCUCUUAGGACUGAAAGAGCAAGAAUUUCUAGACCUCAAACACCACUAUCAAGAAAAACUGAGCAGAGAAUCCUCCAUUGAGGCCAUACACAACCACAGCCUGGCCUACCACGAAGAGAUCAAGACUAAGACUAGCGAAAUAGCUGCACUCAAGUUAUCGCAGUAUGAGUUGCAAACGGAGCAUUUGCUCAUGUUAAAGCUGCAAUCACAAAACGCGGAGCAGCAAGAGCAACUGGAGCAACUAAGCUUAAAGCUUAAGGCGCAGCAAUUGGAUCAGACGUUGAAGGAUGCUCAAAUCAGAGAUCUCACGUCGGAAAAAAAAAUGCUAAUGGAACAACUUCAACAAACACAGCCGACAAUACUUCACCUGGAGCAGCAAUUAAAAGACCUUAGAGAGAAGUUCGCAGACACCUGUGCUAAUUUGAAAUACAGCCAUUGUAAGCUUGAGCUAGAGAUAAGUGAAAACUAUAAUCAGCAGCAGAAACUAAAGGUUCUACAAGAACAACUUGACGUUUAUAUGCAAACUCCCAAAAACUUAAGCGAUAGUUCAACCCAAACAGAAGGCCAAAACGUUGUAGAUAGCUCUGCUCUGGAGCAACGAAUUAAAUCAUUAGAGCUUCAGCUGCAGGCAGUCAAAAAACAGAAGCAUGAAACAGUUGGUCUGCUUCAGGAAUUGUUGCAACAACAAAACGAAAAAAUAAAAAACACUAACGAAAUGGAGUCGGACUGGCAGCAGCUGUUGGAUGCGUUGCAAGCCACACAGAAAUUGGAACAAAAUAUGCAACUUCAGUUGCAACAGAAAGCCGAUGAGCUGCAUCAGCUCAACGAACUGUUUGCGCGUCAAAAUGAGCAACUGGAGCAGCUACAAGAAUUAAGCGAAGCUCACGAACGCCGGAGCGCAGAAGAAUUGCAGGAACUGAAGCAAGUACAAGCUCAAGAUGAAGCUAAUCUUAGUCAGCUACGACAUCAAGUAGCACUGCUAGAAGAAAGCGAAACUGUAACGCGGGAGCAUCACAAAACACUGUUGAAUCUGCUUGAAACCGAAACGGGCUUAAAUCUGCAACACGUUAACAGUAUGCCACAAUUGAUGAAAGUCUUGCGUCAGCAGUUACGCGCAGCUAAAGCAUCAGAGGAGCUGCCCACACUUAAAAGUAAACUGGCUAAAGUCAGCGAGAAGCAUGCGAGGGCAUUGGAUAAAAUAAAAUUAUUGGAGCAAACUUUGGCAGCAGAACGCGAACGUUUUGAGGCUUCUGAUGCAGGCAAGUCGACAGCUAGCAUAGCUCUAAUGGAGCCUGCUCAUGAGGUGGCCAAUCUUAUUGAUGAUUAUAAGAAGCUUAUUCAACAAACUGCAGAGGAGACGGGUCGUCCGCGCAACAGUUACAUACUAGAACUUAUUGAGCGCAGUCAACAGUGUCAGCCAAAUUUGUGCCAACUAAGCGAGGGCGUGGCCGCUUGUCGUGCGGAUAUGAUGAGUCUGAACAGGCUGCUGGUCGGCCUAAAUCCAGAUACCAUCCGGCAACAGUCCGUGCCUUCGCUAAUGGAAGAACUGCGUGCUGUCACAGAGCACACAUAAUUAAGUAAGUCGAGUGUCACUCAUAUGGAUUAAUCAUAGUCAAGUAGUUUAAGUAGGUAAUUUCGCUUAACUUUUUGUUUUGUAUUUUUAAAUGUACUUUACACUUGUGUUUCAGUCCCAACGGCCUGUAUUUCCCUAUGUUUAUUAUGCUUGUUUUUUUUCAUCGCGUGCAAUUUACCAAGUAAAUUUUUCUCCUUGCCAAACAUGUA